AACAAAAGUUGUAAAUUCUUUUGAACUUUGGACUAAAAUCAUUACUGUUCAUUAUCUAAAGGACUAGCGUACCAAAUAUUCUGUAGAUAGAAAGGUUGAAAUGGCAGCUACAUUGACACUGCUUCUUUGGAGCUGCCUGAUCGCUCCGGUUUUCUACAUUUUGUGGACCGUCGUGAAAUUUUGGCAGGAUGUGAAAAAGAGAGGGAAGGCUGUGAUGCAGUUCCCGGGAGAGCCGCCACACUGGCUCUGGGGCCAUUUACAUUUGAUUUUCUUUCCGGAUGAGUUCAUGUUGGCCAAUGAACGAGCUAAACUAAAAGACCUUCCCUUAAUUGUUGCUGGCUGGUUUGGGCCUUUCCAUCCUGUCAUUGCCCCUAAUCAUCCUGACACUAUUAAGUCAAUCCUUCGUACAUCAGAGCCCAAACCACUCACAUUUGGGGGCUAUGUGACAGCUCUCCCUUGGCUUGGAGAUGGACUUUUGAUAAGCAAAGGAAAAAAGUGGCUCAGGAAUCGUAAACUUUUGACACCUGCGUUCCAUUUUGAUAUCCUGAAACCAUACAUGAAAGUCAACAAUGAAGCAGCUGACAUUUUGCUUAAUAAACUGGAUGGUUAUUCAAAAAAAUCGGAAACCUUUGAAGUGUUCAAUGCGAUCAGUUCUAUAACACUGGAUAUCAUACUAAGAUGUGCAUUCUCUUUUGAGAGCAACUGUCAGCUACAAAAAUCUCAUCCUUACGUUACUGCUGUUAAACAAUUGGGUGAUGGAAUGGUAUACAGAUUAUUACGCCCAUGGUUAUGGAAUGACUUUAUUUACUUUAACCUCACAUCAAGUGGACGACAGUUUCGAAGGAAUUGUGAUUUUGUACAUAAGGUUUCAGAAGAUUUGAUUGCCAAGAGAAAGAAAACUCUUGAGGAACAGGGAGUGUCUGCUGCAAAGGGAAGGUAUCUAGACUUCCUUGAUGUUCUGCUGACUGCCAGAGAUGAAGAUGGCCAGGGCCUCACAGACAGAGAGAUUAGAGAUGAAGCUGAUACAUUCUUGUUUGAAGGUCACGAUACAACAGCAAGUGGUAUAUCUUGGACACUCUACUCUCUAGCAGAGCACCCUGAACAUCAACAAAAAUGCAGGGAAGAAGUCCAGGAAAUUCUAGCAGGCCGAGACAGUGAUCAUAUUACAUGGGAAGACCUGCCCAAAAUGAAAUACCUUACACUAUGCAUUAAAGAGGCCCUUAGGCUACACACCCCUGUCCCUUUCAUUGAGAGACGAACAACAAAAGAUAUGGAAAUUGAGGGGAAGUUCCUACCUGCUGGCUCUGUCAUCAACAUGAUGCUCUACAAUAUACACCACAACCCAACUGUGUGGGAAAAUUCCAUGGAGUACAGACCAUCCAGGUUCUUACCAGAAAACAUGAAAUGUAUGGAUAGCUAUGCCUUCAUACCUUUCUCCGCUGGACCAAGAAACUGUAUUGGACAAAACUUUGCUAUGCAUGAGAUGAAGGUGACUAUUGGCAGAAUUCUAAAUAGAUUUCGUUUGGAGCUGGAUCCCAAUCAUAAGACAGAACAUGUUAUUUCGGUUGUCAUGAAGACAAAAGAUGGAAUGAUGAUGAAUGUAACCCCAGUGGACAAGAAACCAUCAGAAAAUGAUGUACAUGUAAAUGGAUGUGUCACUCAGAAUGAAGCAUAAGGGAUUUUUAUUUUGAGCACAUUACAAUCAAUCUACAAACUACUAGUCUCAGAAAGAAGAUUUCCUGAAGUUGUUUUUAUUAAUUUCGCCCUUUUGAAUUUGGUUUAUUGGAAAUAAUUUUCAGAAGAUCGGGAUCAUAACUUGCAUAGAGGUGCUAUUCACAUAGUUGAACACUCAGGCAAUGAGUGUUAUACAUGUAAUUAUUCCAAUCAUACACUUUUAUUCACUUGGGAUUUUGAUGAAAAUGUAAAUUUGUAAGUAUACUUAAAAUACUAUACAUCAAAUUAAAGCAGGUGCCGGAUUAAGAAAAAUACAGCAACUGACUGUAAGAUAAUGGACCCCUGUGAGCUGACAUUCACAGAUUUAGAGGACUUAGAUUCCAUUGUAUAUAAGUAUAACUGAAUGCAAUUUACACAAUGCAACUUUGAGUAUUGGAAUAUACUGUAGGAGCUGGAAGUUGAUUAACAUUUCACUUUGGGUUAAAUAAUGCUUUGCUUUGAAUUGCAAUAAUAAUUGUAAGUAUGAGAUUAUUAUAAAUUAUUGUAAAUUAACUCUACUGUUA